ACAUGGCGGCUGCUACGGAACGUUCGAGUGUCAUGGAAGUCGACGAUGGUGAAGGCGAUGUGUUAAAAGCAUAUCAUGAAGAUUUCAAGGAGAUCGAAGAAAUUCGGUCACUUAUCGAUGGGUUGAAGGAUGUUUAUGAAGACCUUCGGAGAUUAGAAAUGUCAUGUGAACGAUUCACUAUUAUCAUCGAUUCCUACCAAGAACAACCUCAUCUGAUUGAUCCCCAUCUAGAGUCCCUGCUGCUGCAGCUGUUGAACCAGGCCAGGAACCCUGACACCCCAGUCCCUGUUGUCCACCUGGCCUUCAAGUAUAUCUAUCUCAUUACUAAGAUGCGAGGAUAUAAGAUUGUUGUCCGCCUCCUGCCUCAUGAAGUUGCGGAUGUUGAACCGGUGUUGGCGCUUAUAAAACAACAAGACCCCUAUGACUUUAAGUACUGGGAAUCUCGGUACAUCCUGCUGUUGUGGCUGUCAAUGGUGUGUAUGAUUCCCUUUGACAUGGUCCGUCUUGAUGGCAGUUUGGGAACUGAAGGCGGAGAGAAAAAGAAACCAGUCAUGGAUCGAAUCAUUGAAGUGGGCAAGACGUACCUGAGUGUCAGCGGCAAGAGUCGCGAUGCAGCAGCAUUCCUCAUAUCUCGCUUCAUGACCCGACCAGAUGUGGUCAAGCAGAAACUACCCGAGUUUCUGGACUGGUGUGUUCAGAUUCUCCACACAGCUGAUCGUAAUACAAUGAUGGGCACGAACCAACUGUCCGGUGUGUUGAUGACAAUGGCGCUGCUCUUCAAAAGAGCAAAAAGAGAGGAUCUGCUUCAAUAUGCUCCAUCUGUGUUGACGAAUGUCAGAGAUAGUAACAUGAUGGAGAGUGGCAACACCAUCCUGCGGAAACUAACUGUCAAGCUCAUACAGAGACUCGGGCUUACCUUCCUCAAGAACAGAGUCGCUGCCUGGAGAUAUAAGAGAGGCAGCAGAUCUCUGACCGAGAACUUGAAACAGACAAAACAAAACGAUAUAACUGAGAACCAAAUUGAUGAAGAUGAUGACGAUGAUAUUGAUGUCCCUGAAGAAAUUGAAGAUGUUAUAGAGCAACUGUUGGGAGGCCUGAGGGACAAGGACACAAUCGUGAGGUGGUCAGCAGCUAAAGGGUAGGCAGUAUUGGCGAGUGACGGGCGCUUACCGAAGGAGCUUGCUGAUGAGGUGGUGGGGUCAGUGUUGGAGCUGUUUAGUCUGCAGGAAACAGAUGGAGCCUGGCAUGGAGGUUGCCUGGCGCUGGCCGAGUUAGGUCGGAGAGGUCUCCUGGUGCCCCAAAGACUCCCAGACGUUGUUCCUGUUGUGCUGAGAGCUCUGGCGUAUGAUGAACGGCGUGGAAGCUUCUCUGUUGGAGCACAUGUCCGUGAUGCUGCCUGUUAUGUGAACUGGGCAUUCGCCAGGGCUUACGAUCCUCAGGAAAUCAGUCCAUAUGUCAACAAAAUAGCAAAUGGGUUGUUGGUAGCGUCUGUGUUUGACCGGGAGGUGAAUGUACGAAGGGCUGCAUCUGCAGCAUUCCAGGAGAAUGUUGGCCGUCAGGGCACAUUUCCCCAUGGUAUUGACAUCUUGACAGCCGCUGACUACUUCGCUGUUGGCAUCAGAAACUACUGCUAUCUGGAACUCAGCGUGUAUAUUGCACAGUUCAAGGAGUACAGUAAAUCACUGAUAGAUCAUCUGGCGGAAGUCAAGUCUGCACAUUGGGACAAUGCUAUACGAGAGCUGACAUCCAAAUCCCUGCACAAUCUCACAGCACGAGAACCGGAGUUUGUGGCCAAAACAGUGUUGCCUGCCUUGAUUGAGAACGCAACUGGAAUAGACUUGUACCAAAGACAUGGGGCCAUCCUGGCAGCUGCAGAAGUGACACAUGCUCUGUCGAAGUUCGCACAUACACAGGGAAAGUCUGUUUCAGACAUGAUAGAUGAAUCAUCUACAGAAGGACUGCGGAGUCUGGCCAAAAAGCUGCGAGAUUCUCAACUGUUUCGGGGUCUGGGAGGAGAACUCAUGAGGAAAGCAGUCUGUCAUCUUAUCCAGAAACUUGCAGAAUCCAAGAUGCCAUAUCACGGGCAACCAAUAAUCGAUGUAUGGCAAGAAAUUCUAGAUGACUGUCUGUUUCACAAUGAGACAGAAAUCCAGCAAGCUUCCAUUGGAGCAGCCCCAGCUUUCUACACAGAGUACUGCCGAGAUGCUGAUGGUAAACUGGACACCAAGAGACAAAAUGCUGUUGUGGAGAAGUACUUGAAAGAGCUGAAUUCAUCAAAUGAAAUAUCCAGGAUGGGACACAGUCUAGCACUAGGGGGGUUCCCCCAGUUCAUGUUGGAGGGGAAGCUGAUGGAAGUCCUCAUGGGGUUGGUGCAUGCGUCCAGCAUCAAGGAGAACGUGGUCCACAUGGCUGAGGCACGCAGAGAUGCAGUGAAGGCCAUCACUAGCAUCGUGAAGACAGUGGGUGUGAUCCCGACUGGGGGUCCAUCCUCCUGUAUCUGUCCAGACAACAUCAGCACGGUGUUCAACGCCCUGCUGGCCGCCAUGAAGGACUACACCCUCGACUCUCGGGGAGAUGUCGGAUCCUGGGUACGAGAGGCCAGUAUGGUGGGACUAGUGGUCCUUAUGUCCCUGGCGGUCAAGGCAGACCCUCAGCUCAUCACGCCAAGUGUAUGUGAGAAGGUAUUCUGCUGCCUCAUCCAGCAGGCUUGUGAGAAGAUUGACAGAACCAGAGCAGUAGCUGGCUCUGCCUUCAUCGACCUGCUGUGUCACAAACCACCACUACCUCACAUUCCCCAUAAAGAAAACCUGGACAAUAUAUUUAAUCCAAUGGCUAAUAACAACCAUCGAGAAUUGAUGCAGAAUAAGAUGGAGCUCAUAUGGGGUAAAGUCCUAACAGAUGAAGAAAAUCGCCAGUUCGGAGCAAGCUCUGUCAACUGGGCAUCCCCAUUUGAGACAUUUCCCAGAUUUGUAGAGCUACUCAACCUACCAGCAUACCGCUACAGUGUGUUACUAGGGAUGGCUGUCAGUGUUGGUGGACUCACAGAGUCUUUGGUGAAGCACUCCAGCAGUUCAAUGUACAACUAUCUGAGGGGCCACAACUACGAGGGCGAACAAAUGGAGAAGUUUGUGGAGACUCUUGUACAGAUCUUCAAGGACUUCCAGAAAGUAGACAGGGUGUCGGUGCCUCUACUGAAGAUGAUUGACCAGAUGCUGUCCAAGGGCUGUUUCUCCUCCUUCACAAACACAGAAGGACAUCCCUUCCCGCUUGACAUGACAGAACUGGUGAAGAAGGAAUUAGCUCGCAGUGGAGACCCCAACAAGUUGAUGGCAGGAGCUGAUGUGUACUGUGGGCUUCUGGAAUUCUCAGGGGACAACCGGAAAAAGGUGUUGCUAAACCUUGCCAUGCUCCUUUGUCACAGAUACCCAAGAGUACGGAAGUCUACAGCCAACAAGUUGUAUGAAGCCUUAGUGACAUAUGAUGGUGUUGUAUCUGAUGAAAAUCUGGACGAGGCCCUCAAUGUACUUAGUGACACAAACUGGGAUAAUGCCAUUGAGGAGAUACGACCAAUCAGGAACACACUGUGUGAUCUCUUGAACAUCAGCAGACCAAUCAUGAAGAAGCCCCCAGGAAACCCAGAGGGGAGUCAAGGUGGGAAGGUGUGAGCGGUAAAAAGAUCGAGGAAGUUGUGGAGAUGCGAGACAUUGGAAGAAAAAAAUAUCAAGCUUUUCUGUUACUGCAAGAUACUGCUUCUAUUUACCAGUAAAUAUUUUCCUAUUUCUUAUACCAGUCUGUUUGAUAAACAAUGAUAAUGCUUGUAGCCAUGACGUUAUCACCUAAAGGUAACAAGACUGUUGAUAUAAGAGACUGGUAUCUCUGUGAACAUGUCAUAUUUUGUGUAUUACUUUAUAUCAUUUGUGAUGAGACAAAAACUAGCGAAUCAAGUUACUGGGCACUUUUAUCAUGAAUCAGGUUUAAGGUUUGUAAAUGUGUUGACAUUAUCUGUAGCGACAGAGGCAUCGGGUUACGCAUGCCCAGAGGCACUUUCAGAUUAUCUCAGUUUUGUAGAUGCCAAUCUUGUUUACAACUUGUGCCUUCAAGCUUUGAAUAAAUUGUUUGCGUCAUUCCAACGUGGGUAGAUCAACAGGAAAUCUGUAAGGUUAUGUGAAAACUUCUGUAACAACAACUUUUGAUUCAUGUAAAGGUUAAUACAUGGUUAAUCAUAUUGAACCAAGGUCAAGGUUGCAGUGAUGUUUGAACUUACAUGUACAAGAUGUUCAGGUUCAGCUGAAACAUUCAUUAAAAUUCUUCUUGCUCCAGUUCACUAGAUCUAGACCUUUCAUUGAUUGGCUGAUCUAUAAUCAACAAAUUAAAAAAAGUAUGAAAUAUAUAUAGCAAAUAUCUAACUGUUUCAUAAAAACUGCGUCAAAUGAGUGUAGAUCAAGUAGUGAUGGGAAUAUUCCUCCGGGUAUAAACUGUAUUUCACAAUAGGCUUGUGUUAUUGAAAUAUUUCAUGAGGUGUUUUUAUCAGAUUAAGCCUCAUUAUCACUGUUUUUAUUAUCAUUAUUUAUGAAUAAAUGAAACUCGGUAUCAGUUCAGCAGGUACUUUCAAGGUGUAAAAUGUUGGUGUGACUCUCUCACUGCAGCUGUGUGUAGACAGACGAUUGACAGGCACAUCAUACUGGUGACAGCCCUUACAAAGAAACAAAGAUCCACACCUUUGCUAGUUAUUCUUUACGUGUUUUUCCAAGUAUCAUAGCCUUGAUCUGAUUCAGGAUGAAAAUAGCCUACAAAGUCACAAUGGUUGUUUAAAAACAAACAUAUUGUCCUUGAGAAGUGCUUCAAAAAGUGUGUAUUCUGAUCAUUUCUUUAUGACUUUUGUCGGCAAAUGUGUGCUAAUUACAUGUAUGUGAACACUGCAUGUUUGUGUUCAUGUGCAGCCAGGACUUAUGUGCCAGAGAGCCUGUUGUAUAAUGUGCCCAGUGAAUAAUCAUUGAAAUAAAGUGUGCUCUUCAUUAACCUGUGAUACAAAGCUUAUGCCUGUGCAUGUAGUGAUGUUUUGAAUGUUGUGUCCUGAAAAACGCUACUGCAGCAAACACUGACAGCAAAGUCCUGGUUGUGUGUUACAGCUCGACUCAACUGCUGGAAGCUUUAAGGAAGGCUCCCUGGGAGGUUUCUCAGUCUCAUUCCUAGACUAAUGCUUAGUCUCGGAAUAUGUAUAGUUGUGACAGAAUAAUUCCUGUUAGAUUGAAAAGGAGCCUUAGAUGGGAGAUUCAGAAGCUGAGGAACUUUAUACUUGGUUCAUUUAGGGUUUAGCAUUUCAGAAAGGGCUGGGCGGAAGGGAAAAUAUGCAGUUCAGGGACUGUGUGACACAUCCCAUCAUCUACAUCAACGGGUUAAUUUUAUCAGACAUUUAAGAUUGCUCUGUCAGUCUGUGUUUUAAACUACUUAUGUGAGACCCUUGUCUAGUAACAGUUUGGUUGGUCUAAAAAGCACAUGUACAGGUUGUAAUAGUCCUUUAUUUACACUAAAUUCCUAAUAGAAUGAUGACAAUAGCGUUUGUGCUAUAUUUGCCCCGAUGUUUCAGGCACAAAUUGAUUAAGGAUUAUGAUUGUGAAUGGUUGGUUUGUUUCAAGAAAACAUGUAAAUUGUUGUUAAUUUUGUCUUUUUCUCAAAGUUAUGUGUUGAAUAAAUGAUUUAUACAAUGAAUUAAAAUAAUGAAAAACUUAAUGAAAAUAUGUGAUUUUGGCACGUAUAUGAGAAAAAUAUUUUAAACUUGAUCAAAGAUUUGUUGAGUAUUUUGAUUGAACAAAAUUAAUUUUUCUGCAAAAUCAAUUAUCUGCUUACAACUAGUCACUGCAUCAGUGCAGGGUAGCUGAUACUAACUAUGAUCCAGUAUUGGAGAAUCCUUUCUGAGGAGGAGGAAGACACAUUCCAGCGUGUCAGUAACACAGAAAACAACUAAACAGAUCAAUGCUCAUGACGUCAGUCACUGGAUUGUCUGGUCACGACUCGGUUAUUUACAGUCUCCAGUUAUGUAGCUGGAAUAUUUUCUGGAAACUAAGUGUGAUAUACUGUACAUGUACUGUAUUUAUGUGCUAAAUGCAUCCUAUGUAUGUGAAAGGCUCUCAUUGUGGGUAGUUCACAACACUUUCUACUGUUUCCUUAUAUUGACAUGGCUACAGUGAUUACUUGCAAGCUGCCUUUUUUGUGUAUGCUGUGUAGUACUCCCCUACUCUGGUUUACAGAUUCUUGACUACUGUAUGACAGAUCAAUUUAUGCAUACAUUUAUGGUUGUAUAUGAUUGUAGCAUUUGGUUCACCAAUAAGAUACACUCUGUUAACCAAGUGUCUUGCUUCAGUAAUUUUGUCAAUGAGGCGAGAUUGUGUUCCUUAGGUCUCAUACACUGUAUACUAGAUUAUGGUAAUAAUAAACGCAUGAAUGAUA